UAAGGCAAACGCAUGCGUCUGUUUGCAUUUACAGCUGUAAUGUAUUUGUUGUUGCUGCAUUCAACUAAAUUCAGCGGCAUUAAAAAAAAUUCGUUCUUCAAAGGUCCUGUGAAUGUUUUAAUCCGUGUUUACUUUUUUUUCUAAAGAAUAAAAAAAAUUGCCAGUCAUAUUAAUUACCAACAGCAAGAAUUUUAUGUGACCUGACCACAUAGAAGAUUUGGCAAUGUCAGUUUAAAAAAUUGGCAUUGAAAUUACGAAACAAAACAAAUACAAACUAAAUUCUAAUUAGCAUAUGUUAAAAUUACAAUACUAAUACUGACAAAUUUAAAAUUCGGAGAACAUUUUCAAUUUUACAUCUUAAAUGUUGACAAUGAUUUUCAUUCGUCAUCAAAACAAACGAUAACUGUUCAGCAGUGAUCUUUCACAAUUCUCCGAAAAAAAAAUUCAUUUGAAUUGCUUAUGUAUCUUCGAUCAUCAAUCGGUGAUUGUUGAUGUGUUUGUGGUAAAUUGAUUAUUGCUAUUCAUUUUUUUGGGUGAUCAAUUUUGGCGACAUUCAACACGUUUGUCUUUGUCAAAAGCUAGUUGGAGAAAAGUAAUGGUAGAUACAUUCGUACUUUAACGUUGUAUUAUUAUUGCAAUACAUCCAUCAGUAUUACCAGAUUUUUCUAAAAAUAAAAUUCAAAAGUGAUCGAUUAAUCGGGUAUUUUCAUUGUUGUAGUGGUUGUUAGCAAAAAAAAAAAAAAAAUCCAUCAAAAGAUGUCUACAUCGGCGGAUAGCAUUAUCAUUGAGCAGUCAUUACAUUCUGAAGAUGAUCAGGAAACAAUUUCUGCUGAAGAAUAUAUGCGUCGUGAAAAAGCAAUCAAAGGAACCGAUGAAAGAUUUUUAAAUGGUGAUAAUACUGAUGAAGAAGGUUGGAGAUCUGAAGCAUUGGCCGUAAUCGAUGAUAUUCAUACAUUCGUUAACUUGAUGUCCAUUUCAUCAACAUUACCAUGCGAUAAUAAUGGUAUAUACAUGAAUCUUGAAACAAAAGAAUCAAUUCGUUUAACUAUUGAAUUAAGUUCUGCCGGUUUUCGUAUAUGCGGCCGUGGUUUUGAUAUUAUAGACGAUUCAAAUGAAACAGAUUCUAUUGAAAUCACUAGCCCCUCAUCAUCACUGGUAGAUGAACCAGUUCGAAUAUCUUUGAAUAGCUAUUAUGAGACUCCAUAUUCAUUAUUAGAUACAAUAUCGCCAUCGUAUCGAAAUUCAUUCAGUAAUGAACUUGCACAACGUCUAAUGAAACUUUGUAAAUGAUAGCGAAUUUAACAAAAACAAACGAACCAGCGAUUUAUCAGAUUUUAUCUAGGCAACAUGCAUGCAUAAACAUAUAUUUUCACUCCUCACGGCAAAGUUAUCAUCAUUCAUAUUUUUUUUUUUUUUGCUGGCAGCUCUAAUUUAUUUUUAUUAUAUAUUGUUAUUGUUAUCGAACAUUUUAUUUUAUUUUGUUGUUUUAUCAUCCUCACAAUACACACAAAAACACUGAAGAUACUUAUACACAAUUUACAUCAUUAUCAUCAUCAUCAUUUAUUAUUAUAUUUUAAUGUUUCACACACACACACACACAAACAUAUCUGUCAAAUGCGUGUCUUAAGCAAUAUAUGUUUGUUUAAUAUAUCAAAAAUUGAACCACCAAUAUAUUGCAUAAAGAAAUCGACAAAAUCUUGAAUUUAUCAAAAAACAUACUGAACAAAUAAAUUCUUAUGACGACGACGACGAUGAUGAUGAUGACAAAAAACACAAGUCUAAGGAUAAUGAUUUUUUUACCUUUAUCCUUAUCGAUAAUACAAAUGGCAUAAUGUUUUAGC